CAAUCAGGCCUUUGAUUGGUCCCACCUGCAGCUGCUUAUAUAAACACCAUGACGGUCCAGUUGAGCACUGGUACCAGCGCCAGGAACUGGUUUGUAGAGAACUGUUCAGAUAAACUGAUGAAAUACGGAGCGUCCAUUCGGGCUGUGGUUCUGACUCCGGAACGGAUCCCGACCUUCAUCAUCCCCUCUUCAUAUCGGGCCUCUCCGAUGUUCCACCGGGACUCCCCGACCCGCUCCAGGCUCUUGUUGGAAGAUGACGACGAGGACCCAACCGGAACCAGCCCGACUCGGUCGUCCUCCUGGCGUCGCCUGCGCUCUCCGCGGGCCUGCCGCCAUCGCGUCGCCGAUAUGGACCCGACGACGCGAGCGGCGUUGUCGCUGCUGCACGUACCGAAGGUGACGACGUCUUACGGCUUCCGCGACGUGUUGGCCACCACGCCGUCCACCAACCGGAGGGAGUCUCUGUUUCACCACCGCAGACGCGUUAAGGUGACUGUGACUGCCGCGGUACCGAAGGACACAGCGGAAGUUUCUCCUACCGACGGUACCGGUCGGUCCCUGGUCAGCUUGCGGCCCGUUAAGGCGCUGGGCCUGAAGGUGAUGGAGGAGCUGAAGAAACCUGCAGCUGCUCUGAAGGCGCUCAGUCCUGCUCGUUCUUAAAUGAGAUGAUCUCGAUUUACUCAUGUUUUAUAAUAAGGCUAUUUUAAUAAAGAUUUUUAUUUCAGUU